CCAUAUUUGUAUAAAGCAUUGUUGAAAUAAGAACAAUCUAUAAUCACCAUAUAAACAAGUUGCUGCUCAAACAACAUCUUCCACACCAACCACCACCUUCUCCUCAAAACACAAUUUGCAGCCUAUACCACAAUAUUAGUAAUAGUGAAGAUGAAGAACAUAAGUAGUAUAUGGCAGGGGUGAAACCAGAAGUCUUAAUGGUGUUUUCACAAAUUUCAAUUGCGGCCAUGAAUAUAAUAUGCAAACUUGCCAUAAAUGAUGGAAUGAGCAUGAGAGUUGCCAGUGCUUAUCGCCUCAUUUGUGCAGCGGCUUUCACUAUCUCAAUUGCUCUUUUCAUUGAUAGGAAGAAGAGAGCAAAGAUUACUUGGAGUGUUCUUUUUAAAGCAUUUCUAUGUGGAUUGUUUGGGCAAGUGACAUUAUACAAGUAAAAUUUCUUUGGUCAUCAUACUUUACAAGAAAACAAUAAUAUAUGAAUAUGUAAUAUUUCAGGGGAAGUUUGUAUAUAAAUCUUUAUCUGGAGGCUCUAGCUUUGACAUCAGCAACAUUUAUGUUGGUCGUCUUUAACCUAAUUCCAGCCAUUACAUUCAUCAUGGCUGUAUGCUUCGGAAUGGAUAAAUUCAAUUUGAGGCUACCAGAAGGAAAGGCAAAAGUGAUAGGAACCUUAAUGGGAAUUAGUGGUGCAAUGUUGAUUAUUUUUUUCAAAGGUGCAGAAAUUCAUAUUUGGUCUUCCAAUAUCAAUCUUUUGCAUCCACAUCACAACCACAAUGACCAAAUGGAAUCUCACCAUAAUGGCAUUCUUAAAAAAUUGUUGGGUGUUUCAAUUGCACUAGCAAGCAGCUGCUCUUUAUCUUUGUGGAUUAUCAUUCAGGCUAAGUUGAAUAAGGAAUACCCAAGUCAACACUCAAAUGCAGCUUUAAUGGCUACAAUGGGAGCUAUUCAAGCAACUGUUAUUGCUCUAUGUAUUGAAAAGGAUUGGAACCAAUGGAAGCUAGGAAACAACCUCAGGAUUCUUACCGUUGUUUAUCCGGGAAUUGUGGUGUCUGGAUUAACUCUUAUCAUUAUGAACUGGUGCAUAAAGAUAAGGGGUCCUCUAUUUGCAUCUAUUUUCAAUCCUUUGCAACUCUUACUUGUAGUUAUAGCUGCUUAUUUGAUGUUGGAUGAAAAAUUAUAUUUGGGAAGCAUGCUUGGAGCAAUUGUAAUUGUAUGCGGUCUCUAUGCGGUACUUUGGGGUCAAGGCAGAGAAAUAAAAAAUAAAAUGAAGAUAUUAGAAAUCACAAGAAUGUUUGAAAACGAGGAGCCUAUUGUUAUUUCCAUGCCUGUUUCCUAUGAUAGAGUCAUCAAACCCUAUCAAAGUUCAGCCAUUCCUAAAGAGAAUGUUCUUAAUGAUCAGUGAUUUUGAACUAACGGAAAAUAUGACAUCAUUCAAGCAAUUCAUGGGAUUUUGUAGUGUAUAUAUACAACAUUUAAGCACUAUCAUUAAUGAUUUAAAUAUAAGUAAUUGUAUUGUGUAUGCUUACACAUUGCCAAUAUUUUAUAAUGAUAUUAUUAUCAGGUGGGCUA